AUGCCCAUGCUGAUCACGAGCCUUCUUAUAGUUCUCUGGUUCUUCGAUAUAAUCCGGGAAAGCGACCUGAUUAGCCAGACCUUGUGUGAUCGCGCUAGGCCCGAAAAGGACAAGUUUGCGUCACCGAUAGCGAGCGGGGCAGGGAAGCCGUUGCUGGACAACAACAAAAACAACAUCCCGCCUCAGAUUUUUUAUCAGUCACAACUCUCUUGUGUUAUUGUCACCUACCCCUCAUUGACCCUCUUUUAUUGUCCUGGCCGAUUUAAUAGUCGUGCUACUAAGCUCUUCCGUAACAGAGCUACUCUGAAAAUCAGAAUAGUAGCCAGGGAAGUUGCCACCAAGAUGUUUAUGCUCCGAAACGUGGGCAAAUAUCUCUUUGGAGACGCUUCCAAGGAGGCGAUCAUCGAUAUUUCACAGGGUCAACUUUAUCUCGUCCGCCCUCUAUCCCCAAAAGGCUACUCCGAGUUGAUUUUCAAGGACGCGGCUGCCACCAUUCGUCGCACAGGCCAAGAAUUCCAAUAUCAGCUUGUUGUGCAGCGAGCAUACGAGGAAGGAGAGGAGGAUCUUGGCGAAGAAGAGGACGAACAGGCCGCCGACGCUCUUGAUAAGGACGAGAAGGUUUUCCUACUCGACGAGGCUCUGCAUUUCCGCUCUGUUGUUCGUGACGGUGGCGAAAAAGUACUUGCUUGGAGAGAUUUAAGUGGCGACCCGGGCGACCUCUACGAAUUUGUCUGCGACUCCUCCGUAUCUCUGGAUAAAGUCUUGACGUUCAAAUCCGCCGCCGUCCAGUGUCAAUACGAGAGAAAAUACAGGAGGAGCAGCCAGAGGGCCACUGAGGAAGAGCUCAAGGAAUUUUUAUUUUCUGACGAUAGCCCUGUUCCAUCAGCUAGUCCCGUCGACUCUCCUAGGGGUCCAACAUCUGCCGAAUCUGCUACAGCCAUGGCAAAGGACGUGGAAUAUGCCAAGGCGAAAGGCAACAUCAAGCCGGCUGAAGACGUAACUGCUGCUCCGCCUUCAGCCGCUGCCCCUACUUCUGGAGAAGUUCUGACUAAAGAACAUGCCGAGCUUCAUUUGUUUGAUUUCCAAAGCGGCACGUUCGUUUUACAGGAUAGCGAGAUCGACGCCACGGUCACUGAAAUUGGCAACUGGCAAUACUGGCUUCAAAUUACCGGGAAAGACAGGGAGUGGCUUGGCCAGGCCGUGAUUGCAGACAUUAACCCAGUUUUCAACUUUGAAUAUCUUUCUUUCAUCUUCAACCACUACACGGGAGAUGGCUCGGCGUACUCUUGGCUUCUGCGAUUCCGAGAUCAACCAACAGUGGAGAGAUUCCAGGAGGGUCUUAUGCAGGCAUUCUGGGAGCAACAGAAUGAAACCAAGUGGAUCAAACAGAAAGAAGACGAGCGGGAGUACGUUCUAGACGCCUUCCAGGACCUUACUAUGGAGGAUGCGGAACCCGAGGCUGCAGAGGCACAGGAAGAAGAAGAAGAGGAGGAGGACGAGGACGAGGAAGAGGAAGAGGAAGACGAGGGACAGCGUAGCGAGCAUUACGACUCGGACGAAGAAGAGGAUGAUGUUAUCACUAAGCUCGAGGACGGAAACGUCAACUCACAGCUUGCUGUUGGUUACAAGCAUGACCGGUCAUUUGUUGUUCGCGGCUCCAAGAUUGGUGUUUUCAAACACACUCCAAACAACAAUCUUGAAUUCUCUACCAAUAUCUCCAAAGUGGAGACUCCUAAGGGCAAACUUUUCAGUCCUAAGAAAGUUAUGCUUCACGCCGAAGAUUCAAACUUGAUUUUGCAGAAUGGAGAUGACCCCAACUCGUUGUACCGUAUGGACCUUGAAUAUGGAAAGGUUGUCGACGAAUGGAAGGUUCAUGAUGCCAUUGGAGUCACGACCUUUGCCCCCGAGCAGAAGUUCUCUCAGAUGACCUCGGCCCAACCAUUCUUGGGUGUCUCCAACAACGCCCUCUUCCGAAUUGAUCCUCGCCAGUCUGGCCACAAGCUAGUAGAUUCAAAUUUGAAGCAGUAUGCUAGCAAGAAUGACUUCUCCGCUACUGCUACAACAGAGAAGGGAUACAUUGCCGUUGCCUCUAAUAAGGGAGAUGUCCGUCUUUUCGAUCGUCUGGGAAUUAACGCCAAGACACACAUUCCAGCUCUCGGAGAGCAGAUCAUUGGUUUGGAUGUUUCUGCAGAUGGCCGCUGGGUCUUAUCCACUUGCCGUACCUAUCUACUACUUAUCGACACACUUCAGAAGGAUGGCAAGAACGAAGGAAAGCUUGGGUUUGAAAAAUCAUUCGCCAAGGACUCGAAACCGCAGCCUCGUCGACUUGGUCUCCAACCAUCGCACGUUGCGCAAUUCCAGCACGAGACUAAGCAACCUUUGGCAUUUACUCCUGCACGUUUCAAUACCGGUGUUGACAGUGAUGAAACAUCUAUCAUUACAGCAACUGGUCCGUUUAUUAUCACAUGGAACAUGAAGAAGGUCCUUGCCGGAAGAAAAGACCCCUACACUAUCAAGCGCUAUGGAGAGAAUGUCAUGGCCGACAAUUUCAGAUUCGGUUCAGACAAGAACGUCAUUGUUGCUCUCCCUAACGAGGUCAACAUGGUGCAGAAAAAGAGCUUCAAGAAACCCACUCGGGAGAGUAUCGCUGCUCCAAUGACUCCUGCUCGAAGAAGUGCAGCCAACCGGCUGGGUCGUAACGAGAUCGUGAAUUCUCCCUACUAA